GUAACUUACGUAUUUGUUACGUGAAUUGGCCAUUUUAAACGAGAUUAAUGUCAAAAACUGUAUUUUAGAAAAUAAAUUUUAAUCAUUCAUUUCGAUUAACAUUAUUUUUUCUUUUCUAACUUUUGAAAUUUAAACUGAAUUUGCCGCAUCCGGCAAAACCAAGAUGGCGUUUUCUUUCGUUGCAUUUUGCUACAUAAUUGCUUUAAUUUUUACUGCUAUUUUGAUAUUUUUCGUGAUUUACCAAAUCAUUGCUUUUGAUGAGUUAAAGACUGACUAUAAGAACCCCAUUGAUCAGUGCAGAAGUCUAAAUCCGUUAGUUCUGCCAGAGUACGGCCUACAUGCAUUUUUUGUCUUGCUUUUCAUCAUCACCUUCGAGUGGAUCACAGUGGUACUCAAUCUGCCACUACUUUUCUAUCAUAUCCAUAGGUACAUGAACAGACCAGUUAUGUCCUGCCCUGGUCUGUAUGACCCCACCACGAUCAUGAAUGCAGACGAACUCAGUCGAGGAAAUCGUGAAGGCUGGAUCAAAUUGGCUUUCUACAUUAUUACCUUCUUCUAUUACCUCUAUAGUAUGAUCUAUGUCCUGGUGUCAUCGUAAACAAGAGAGAAUAAGAGAGAGAGAGAGAGAAAAGAGAGAGACAGGAAGACGAAUCAUUAUUAUUAUUAUUAUGCCUAUUAUACCUUUUGAUCAUCAUAAUUACUGUAAUUUGGUUUGGUAGAUCAUUUUAAUUUAAUUUUCUUAUAUUUUAAUUAAAUCUGUUGAUAAAUGGUAAUACUACCACCACUGCUACUACUACUAUUACUAUUACUACAGCUACUACUACUACUAUUACUACAGCUACUACUACUACUAUUACUACAGCUGCUAAUACUACUACUACCAAUAAAAAUAGUAAUGUUAUACAGCACUAUUUAAUUGCAUUUCUUGUUAAAAUCAGCUGAUAUUUAUAAAUAUUAUUAUUAUUUCUACCGUCAUUGUUCUUAUAUAUUAUUAUUCUUAUUAUUUAAUGAUUGAUAUAUUAAAUAUUUGAUUCUAAAUUCGUAAUGAUUUAAUAAUAAAAUAAUUAUUAUUGUUAUUCUCGUUUGUUAAUAUUCCUAAACUUCUUUCUUUUAUGUGGUUAAAACACUUCAGGCAAUGGAAAAUUUCAGUUGCCAAGAAUAACAUACGUACAUACAUACACUCGAGCGUAAUAAUAAAUGCAUAUACACAUACAUACAUUUCGGGAUGUUGUAAACUCGCAGCUAAUAAUAGCAAUCUCACAUACACAACAUUUUUUGCUUGAAACGUUAAUGUUCCUGAUAUUUUUGGCUGUAUCAUUAUUGUUAUUACUUUUAUAAUAAUUAUUAUUAAAUAUUAUUUUAGAGCAGGAUAUGCUAAUUAUUCAUUCAGUAGUUAAUAAUAACAGAAAUAAACUCCUUCUUAUAUUUAUUACUUCAUUUUCUCAACUUAAUAGCAAAUGGUAAUGGAAAUAUCAACUAAGGACAACAACACCUUCCCAGUUUUAGAGAGAAAUUUUCAUCGGUUACAAGAAAUAAUUACAGAU